CACCUCGCCUUUCCCCUCUCAAAAAAGGGAAAAAGGUCGCCUCGCCUCACCUCCUUCCACGGCUCCACCGCCGCUGCCGCGACGGCGACCAUGGCGGAGGCGGCAACGCGAGGGCUGCCGCCGGUGAGCCCCGGCCUCCCGCUCCCGGAGGAGCUCGUGGUCUGGGAGAUCCUGGUACGCCUACCCCCCAAGCCCCUCCUCCGCUGCCGCUUGGUCUGCCGCGCAUGGCGCCGCCUCACAUCCACCCGCGACUUCCUCCUCGCCCACCACCGCCACCAGCCCUCCCUCCCCCUCAUCGCCGCCUGCGACUACGCCGAUAUUAUGUACCUCAUCGACGUCCUCACCCUCACCCUCGGCCGCCGCAGGGGCGCCGCCGCGCGGCUCCAUCCGGUCGCCCGGUACGCCAGCACCGCCGACUACCUGGAUUCGUCCUGCGAUGGACUCCUUCUCAUCUCCCGGAACACCGGCCCCCCGCAAUACUCCAUCUGUAACCCGACCACGCGCCAAUUCGGUGACCUCCCGCUGAUCUCCGGAUUCAUGUUCUUGGGGUUGUACCAGCACAGCCCCACCGGCGACUACCGGAUUCUGCUCUACCGAGCUGAGAAGGUGGUGUUGGAAGAUCUGAUUCCUGGGCAUGUCGAGAGAGAUGCCAGCUACGUCUACACAUUGGGCUCCAACGACAUGCCCAGGCGCAUCGGUUGGGCAGAGCCAGAGGUGUCCAUGUUAGCCGGCCACAGCAGACGCUGCAGACCUGCCCAGCUUCAUGGCAGCCUGCUGCAUUGGUACCAUAGCAUCAAACAUAUGAUUCUGGUGUUCGAUACCACGGCCGAGUCAUUCCGGUGGAUGCGCGCGCCCAUUGACAAGACGGAGAAUGAAUUGAACCGGGAACUCUGGGCAGAUGUGCUUGAGAUGGAUUCUACACUUGGCUUGUACUGCUGUAAUCAUGACAAGACGAUUGUAAAUAUCUGGGCUCUGCAGGAUUACGAGCAAGAGGUCUGGUCCAUCAAGUACCAGGUUGAAUUGCCGGUUACAUGUAUCAGGGGGGAACUUGACGUGGGUGAUUCUUGGAGUGUGAUGGUUUCGUCCGAGGAUGGGGAUGAGGUUGUGGUUGUGCUGGUUGAUUGCGGACAAUCGGUGCUUUGCUUUGAUACUGACGGCAAGCUGUUGGCGCGUCUCGAACAUGAUGGUAAUGACAUCAUGGUUACUCGUAUGAAGCUUAAACAAAGCCUUGUUCCACAUGCAUUCUUUCCGUUGCUAAAAAGUUAUGUCGUGAAUGAUUUGCCUUUCAUCUGAUGUCUGCUAAAUGAAGUUUGAGCACACAAACUUAUUAUUUUCUGAAUUGUGCUUUUAUGUAUGAAAACUUCUUAGCUGAACUUAUUGUAGAUGAAUGUGCAACCAGGAUACAAUAAUUGUAUUUGGCCACAUGAAUAGUUGGUUCAUUGUGACUUAUAAUGCAAAACCUACUACGUCUUGAUUGAAUUACAAAUACGACAUGUCGAUAGUCUUUUGGUCCAA